AGCCGCAAAGGCGCUCUCAUGGCGCCUGGGCUGCUGCUUCUUUCGCUGCUCCUGUUGGCGGUGCACGUCCGCUUGCUGCCUGGCGACACGUGGGAUGCAGCUAGAUUCAGACUGAAUUGUCCUCAAGCACCCUGCUGGCACUACUGGAAUGGAAAUUGUUAUUGCCUAGAAGCAAAUAAUACGGGGACUUGGAUAGAAGCGCUAAAAUUUUGCAAGAGAUACAGCUUUACAGAAUUAGUAUCAUUUACUAGUAGUCAGGAAAUGAACUGGAUCUUAGCUUUACCUUUGGAUGAUUUUUGGACCGGAUUGAAUAACUUGGAAGAUAUUAAUACUUUUUCAUGGUCAGAAGGUACACCAGCAAAUAUGAGGCUUUCUUGGCUUCAGCUAUCGUCCCCAGCCCAGCCAAAUACUGUGCAUUGUGUAAAAGUUUCCAAACGUCACUUGGUUGCUUUGCAUUGCAAUGAAAAGGCCCAUUGGAUCUGCAAGCGAAAUACAGGUGUUGACCGGUAUCAGGAACACAAAGGAAAGGUGCUUCUAUCACCACCAGGCUCUGUAUCUCAAGUACAUGCAGAUUUGAUUUCUGCAAAGGCAGCGUGCUUGGAGCUUAGAGAACAAUGUACAGGGAUCACUAUCUGGAAUAAUGCCUAUGCGAUUGCUAGAGGAACUGUAUUGCUAAAAAGUGAGGAGCCCUGGUCUGCAGCAUAUGUCAAAUCAGAUUGCUCCUUGGGUUACUUUGGAAGGAACUGUUCCUCUGUUUGCAGUGGAUGUUAUGGUGAUGAAUUAUGCAAUCCAUACACUGGAGUUUGUGAUAAUUUUCAUUCUUGUAGAGCUCAGGAUUCGCCUACUAUUUGUGAUCGAGCUAUGAGCAGUGCAUGGUGUCCACGAUUUUCUGGUUGGAAAUACUGGGGAAAUGGAUGCUAUUACUUCAGCAGUGUCAGCAUCAGCUGGGCAAAUUCUCGGAAAUAUUGCAGAAGAUUCAGAAGUACAGACCUCGUAUGGAUUGAAAGCACAAGUGAAAUGGACUGGUUGUUCUCUGUAAACCCUCAUGACAUUUUGUGGACUGGGCUGAAUAGCAGGAAGCAAAAAUCCAUAUGGAUUUGGUCAAAUAUGAAAUCAGCUGCUAAAGCAUUGCAUUGGUUGGAACUUAAAGGGAGCCCAGCUGGAAGAUGUGUGGGUCUUGAUUCAGUAAGCCAAACUACUCUGAGACUAAAUUGUGAGGAAAAACACAAAUUCAUUUGCAAGAGAAUUGAAGUGGAAAAUCUUUUUGAUGUCUAUACUGACCAGUUUUUGUCAGGACCAUUAGAACCCCACUUUUAUACCUCCUUUUCCACCGCUGCAUUAGACUGCUUAAAUGAUGCCAGCUGCACAGGAAUAGUGAAAGAUUACCGAUACUACAGAAGAACAAGAGGUGUUGAUAUAAUUGUUACUUAUGAUGAAACUGCAACUUCAUACGUAAGACGUGAAUGUAACUUUCAUUUCUAUGGUUAUAACUGUGCAUCCGAUUGUAAAAAAUGCUUGGGAGGAUUCAGGUGUAAUUCAGUAAAUGGCAAGUGCCCAGAAAGGAUGCAGUGUAUUGGCCAAUUCAAAGGAGAACUGUGUGAAUUAGGCAUCAUGAAUCCAAAAUGUCCACAGAAUGCCCCAUGGUGGUUUUAUGAUGGGCACUGCUAUUAUUUUGAAAAGGAAAUGAAACAGGAGCACGUACAGGCAAGUGUACGGUGUUCAUACUACAAAGAUGUCAACCUUGUCAAGAUUGACAGUGAAAAAGAAAAGAAGUGGCUUAAUACUAUGCUGGAAACUCAGAGUUGGAUUGGUUUGCUACAGGAAGGGAGUAUAUGGAAAUGGAGUGGUGGCCGAGAAGCUGUUGAUCCAUCGCACUAUUCCUGGUUAUGGGAGUUUCCUGCCACAGCAAAUGGAUGUGCUAUGAUGGUUAGAGGAGGCAAACUUAUGGCAUUACCAUGCACUGAGCAACAUUUAUAUGUUUGUGAAAAAGAAAUAGUUGGUCCUGACAUUUUCAUUGAUUACCCUGGGAAAAUAAUGCUGGCUGUUCACCCCCUGGCUGUAUACAAAAACUAUGAUGAAGCAAGAUUCUAUUGUAUAUUAAGAGAAAACUGUACUGGAAUAAGUAGCUGGCCAGACAAACAUUUUCUUAUCACAGGAAUGGAAAUGGUAUCAGGUUUGAGGCAUCAUGUAUUUCACUUGAAGACCGCCUGUUCACCAGGACGUUACGGGUAUGGAUGUGGGGAAGAAUGUCCACUAUGCAGGGAUAAUGCCCUUUGUAACAUGUUGACUGGUUUCUGUGACGAGAAAGCCUUCUGCAGAGACACAUCCUCUAUAGAGAGGUGUUCAGAAACCACAGUCAGCCAGAGAUGUCCAGAUAUGGGUAAAUGGCGCUACUGGAACAGAUACUGUUACUAUUUCUCAGUCCGUAUUGGUGCUGAAAAACACUGGGAAGCGGCCAAUUCUUCCUGCAGCCGUUUUAGGGCUGCUGAACUUCUAUGGGUAGAAGACCAAGAUGAUCUGCAGUGGAUACAAAAGUUUGUUAGAGAAAGAACAUGGCUAGGACUGCAAGAUAUAAACUAUGAUGAGGUCUGGACUUGGUCACAUGAAGACAAUGCAGAAAGUGCAUUGCGAUGGCUGGAUCUCCCAAAGGGGUAUAAAUGGCGUAGAUGUGUUGAUAUGUCAAACAAAGGUGUUAUUAGUAAAGUUCACUGUACUGAAAAGAGAGAAUGGGUGUGCAAGAGACCAGCUGGACGAGACCUUGAUGUAUAUACAGGCUUUUGGGAUUCACUAGUGAUCUCAGAGAAACCAACUUUGUCAGCCAAUUUUACUUACAAUUAUUCAAGGGAUGAAUGUAUUAGAUUGAAGUCAAGAUGUCUUGGCUAUGGACUGUGGGAAAAUGGAUAUUUCUUGUUCAAUGGUUUAAUAUUAGUUGGUGGCGGAUUUGGUCCAAGUGUAACAUUUUUAAAAUCAGCAUGUGACUAUGGAUAUUAUGGGCCAGAGUGUGAAGCUGAAUGCCGGCCCUGUCAUUGGGGCAAACCAUGCCACCCUGUUUCAGGAAUAUGUGAAAGUCCCAUUGUUUGUGUUGCAUCUGAGCAUGUAGGUUCAUGUCCUUUUGGCUUGUACAGUUUAAGAUGCCCCUUUGGUGAUGGUUGGUGGUACUGGAGAGGAAAAUGCUACUUGAUAGAAGAAAAAAGAAAAGUGGCAUGGAGUGAAGCACAGAAGCUAUGCACACAUUUUAAAGGCACACAUCUACUUGAGUUGCAAAGCUUUGAGGAAAAGAAAUGGCUGAAAACAAUGAUAAAUCAACAAAUGUGGGUAGGAAUGAAAUGGCAUUCAGAGACGUCUCGUUGGCAGUGGGGAGAUGGAACGAAUGUGAACACUAAUAUAAAUUGGUUAAAUAUAGAAGGGGACCCGGUUGAUGGCUGUGGUUAUCUUCUCAAAAAUAAGCCACUGCUGCAAUCAGCAAAGUGCUCUGAGAAGUUUUAUUUUAUAUGUGAAAGACAAGAAUCAAUGAAUAUAUUCCACGAAUACAAAGGUCACAUUAUACCACAACGACAAAACAUAUUGCCAAAAACGUUCUAUACUUUCAGUGAUGCUGAAGAGGAUUGCGUUUUUGAGAAAACUACUUGUACUGGUAUAGUUUUAUCAAAAGGCCAUUAUUAUAUGGUUAGUGGAACGCAUACAUUCAAAAGCUUUGAUGCACAUGACAUCCUAUAUGUGAAGUCUGUUUGCAGUCCUGGAUUUUUUGGAACAAAUUGUCAAUUCACUUGCAAAAAGUGUGCCAAUAACUUACCUUGCCAUCCGAUUAAUGGAGAAUGUGUAGCCACUGGCCCUACCAAGUGUACCUUGGACUCCCCAGAGCCAGCAUGUAAUGCAAAAGCUUUCACAAAUCCGUGCCCAAAGAAGCCCCAGUGGUACCAUUAUUCCAAGUCAUGUUACUAUGUGGAACACACAAAAACAGCCACAUGGACCGAUGCCAGGAUUGCAUGCCAAGGAUUUAAGGGAACAGACCUAGUUAAAAUUACAAACAGUCAUGAAAAGAUGUGGGUACAGUAUAAAGGAGAUGACAGUUGGAUUGGUUUGAUCUUCAGUAAGCGGACAUAUCAAUAUAUUUGGGUAGAUAACACAACUUCAGUCUUUCAAAAUGCAUGGGUGGUUAGGCAAAACAGAAGAUAUACACAAUCUGCUUCUGAUUGUGGAGUUGCUUUCAAGAGAUAUCUUUCUGUGAUUGAUUGUUCUCUUCGCAGAAAAUGGAUUUGCAAGAGACAAGAUGUUGAUCUCUUUACCAAAUUCAUUGGAAGAGCAUUUUACCUACCUGAUGGAAAAGCUCCCAGGUAUUCUACUUUAAAUGAGGCUAAACAAGUCUGUUUAGCCUUGUCAACAUGUACUGGAGUGGUAGAAGCAGGGAAAGAUUUCAUGAUACACACUGGUCUAAGCAUAUACAAUACCAGGGACAAAAGUGUGAAAACCUGGAUUAAAUCAGAUUGUGUCGGUGGAAGAUUUGGGGAGAACUGUGAACAAAUAUGCCGCAAGUGUGGUGAUGAUGUGCCAUGCAACCCCUAUACAGGGUUGUGUGGUGACAGCUUGUUUUGCAGCAAAAAUGACCCUACUUUCACUUGCGAAAAAGGGACCUUGAUUGGUGGGAGAUGUCCAGUUGAAGGUGGCUGGGUGUACUGGCAUGGCAGCUGUUAUUACUUCCCCAAAGCAACAGAAAGCACAUGGUUAGAUGCAAGAGAUAUGUGUAGACGAUAUACAGACACAGACCUUCUCUGGAUAACUAGUAGAAACGAGCUGGAUUCACUUCUUACUAUAUUGCCAAGAGGAGUCUAUUGGAUUGGUCUUCAUGGUAAUGUAUUUUGUACCCAUUUGGAGUGGUCAAAGGCAAACCUUUCAAGCAGAGAUUUAAAAUGGUUACGUAAUGAUUCAUGGACGUUCUCCUGGAAUUGCUGUGUGCAGCUAAAUGUUCCCGAAGGUACAAUGCCAGAAACUAGUUGUUACAGGAAAAAAUCGUGGGUUUGCAAGAAAAGAGAAGAGGAAAGUACAGAUUUCAUCAGGUUUGGUGGCUACUACCUCAUUGGCAUUGUCAACACUAAAGAAGUCACCCACAUAUCAUUGCAUGAUGCAUUUCAGCAUUGUAGAGACAAAGGAAGUCUUUGCACUGGAGUUCAAAGGAUAAGAGCUACGUACAUAACACUGAUUGCAAAGCGUCUGGUAUUUGUCAGGGGAUCAUUUGCAAAUCUCUAUACAGCAUAUUUGAAAACUGCUUGCACACCAGGGUAUUAUGGUCCUGAUUGCAGUAUAAACUGCGCCUGUAAUGGCACUAAGAACUGCAAUCCAUUAACUGGAGAAUGUGCAGAAAAUGAGCAGUGUAAUGAAGACUUCAUAGGAACAGAUUGUGAAGAAGGUGUGAUUAAUCUUAAGUGUCCAACAGAUCCUGGAUGGUGGUACUGGAAAGACAAUUGUUAUUACAUAGAGACGGUGAAGCAAUUCACUUGGGAGGGAGCAAAGGAUUUCUGCAAUGCUUAUCAUGAAACUGAACUGAUACGACUGCCACAAAGCAAAGAGGAAAAGGCCUGGUUGAUGUCUAUGAUAAAGGAUGCUAUAUGGAUUAACUCAGCAGUGGCAAAACCCAAAGAAAUGACUAACUCUCAAGAAAUGUAUGGAAAAGCUUCCACCUGCACACAAAUGAGGAAGAACGGGGACCUUGAAGAAGUUCCAUGUUCAUUCUUUGCUCUCUUGGCUUGUAAAAGAAGUGUAGAUGCCAAAAUGUUUUGGGUAUAUCCUGGAAAGAUGAUCAUAUUGCCUCUGGGGGACAGAAUGUAUGUACAAAAGGAGCUUGCAAUAUCAGCCUGCCUUUUAGAAGAAAAAUGCACUGGAAUCAGCUUAUGGAAAAGACAGUAUGUACCAGUCAGUGGUAAAGAACUGAUCUCACCUAACUCAAAGUUGGAUGCUACAUUCAUGAAAACUGCUUGCAGAGAAGGACAUUUUGGAGCCUUUUGUCAAGAAAAGUGCCCACAAUGUCCAGAAGAUAAACCAUGCAAUAGAUUAACAGGAAAGUGUGCUGGUGAUGUGACCUGCUCACAACAUGAUUUAAGGCUCUGUGAAAUAAAUCUGAAAAGCCAGUUUUGUUACUACAGUUGGACAUACUUCAAUGGACAAUGUUAUUACAUUCCUUCAUAUGGGCAGAUUAAUCAUAGUGAUGCAGAAUACAUGUGCAGCCUUUUUAAAGGAGCCCAUCUUCUACAUAUGACUGACACUGAUGAAAAGGAUUGGGUAGCUAAAAUGAUCUCUACAACAUUCUGGGUUCACAUUGCGGGCCCAGCUUUCCAGCCAAAAAUGUGGCUUUCACAGGAAGAAAAGCUAGAAGGCAGGAUUCUUUUUGAUGCCGAGCAGUUGUGUCCUCAGAUGCAACCUGCUUUGGCUUAUUUGAUAUCAGCUCCUUGUUCGGGAAAAGCUUCAUGGAUCUGUGAAGCCCCAUUAGCAUCUGAGCCAGUGGAUGAUCCAGAAAAGUGGUGGAUUCCCGUAGUGAUAUCCACUGUAGUUACCGCUUCUGUACUGAUAGUGACUGUGAUUGUUACACUUAAAUAUGGGUUCUCUAUUCCAAAAGAAGCAAAUGAUGUGAAAAAGCCACCAUCUUAAAUCAGAUGCCACGCUUACUGUUCCGUGGUCAUACAGUUCUUCAUAGAAGAAAGAACAAGCACUAAUGUAUAUUGUUGGCCACCUGAGAAGCAAACUCUGUGAGCUCAUUUUGCCUUGUUCUUAAAAUAUUUUGAACUGUAGAGGUGGGUUUGGCAGGUGAAAUAGUAAGUGUAAUAGGCAAAGAAGCAAAAAAGGAAUUGAAAAUUUGUUCAGUGUCCUAACAGAUUUCAGAAAGUGUCCAGGAACAUGAAUAAAGUUGUAUAAUAGAUGUUCCUUCAGUGAUUCAGAAGAAUGGCUGUCUGCUUCCAGCACUGAGUUUCAUAAAGCAGGAGUGUAUUCAAUAAGCAAAGACUGGUUAAACAUAACCCUUGUACUUUACUCCCUCAAGUG